AGCAGUCCUGUGAAUAAGGAAUUCACUGUCUUGCAGUUAUUGUUAUUGAUAGUAUAUAUUCGCUUAAUGCUCUCAACUCGAUUCCUGUCCUUCAUUCCUCUACCUCUGACAUUCUAUCCUCUUGGCGCCCACCUUGAUCCACGGUAUUUUUCUUUUUAGUCUGCAUCACUACACUGCUGCCUGAUUCAGUCUGCAAGAUGUUUCACGUCGGCUAUGAAGGUCACGAAACUUAUGCAACAUCUUCUGCGGCCAGGUCAACAACCAUGCCUCAAAUCCCCGCCUCUUCUCUGUCUCCGUCUUCAGAACUCGCCCUCGUGGAUGAAUACCCACCGGCGGAGUUUAUCAAUAUAAGGGCCUUAAAAGAGGUUGUUGCUUCAAAGAGAAAGGAACUACAUGAAGGGGCCCAGGACCAGUAUCUCUCCUUCCGCCAUGUCACGUCAGAGGAUUUUGCAACGAUUAAGGCACGUCGUGUUGAGAUUAUGGGACGCGGUCCCGCCUUCUUCUAUCUUGGCGAUAUUGAGACUCUUAUCAUAAAGUUCCCUACUCGAGCACAUGAGAAAGCUCAUGCGACACUGGGUCAGCGGAUUCAACUCAAAGUGUUUCGAAUGGGAAUUGCCUUUCGCGAAUUUACGGCGGUCAAUGCAACAGCGAUGAAGGGUGGAAUCAAUUCUGAGAUGGAGGGUGACACGUCCUGGAUAAAUCAGAGACUCAGACCAAACAAGACCGAUUGGCCCAAUCUAGUUAUCGAAGCAGGGAUGUCUGAGCCUUUUAUACGACUACAAAACGAUGCAAAAUGGUGGAUUCAGAACUCCGCCGGGGACGUGCUUAUUAUCCUUGUUGUUUGGAUCCGGCCGACUAUUAAGAAAGUGAAGAUAGAGAAGUGGAUUCCUGCCUCUGCGCAACCUUUAAGACGCAGUGCCGGUCUUAAUCUGCCCCAGGUAUUGCCCACUAAAGUCGCCGAUAUCGAGAUCGAUCAAUCGUCUACAUCUGUUUGUCAUGGUGCCCCUUUGCUGCUGGAGUUCGACAGGGUUUUCGGAAGACCACCACAGCAGCCCCUAGAGCAUGAUAUUGUCUUCACACAGCAAGAACUGGAGGAUUGGGCACGCGAUCUGUGGGUUGGGAUCUGAAAGG